AUUGAUAUGUCAAAAGAAGUUGCAAGGGCUGCUUGGAACUCCACAUAUGAGAAAUGUCUUGUUGAUAUAUUACAUGACCAUAACAACAACCCAAAGUUCAAAGGGCAAAAUGGUUGGGUAUCAGAGGGUUGGAGGAGUAUCACCAUCAAGUUCAAUGAGAGGUUCCCUAUAGCACAUUUCACAAAGCAACAACUACAAGAAAAGAAGAAGGAACUUAAAGCAAGCUAUAAAUCAAUAAGGGAUGCAAAGAAACAGAGUGGUACGGGUUGGGAUGAUUCUAUGGGCAUGAUAAUUGCUGAACCAAAAAUCUGGGAUAAAAUUAUUAAGGAUCACCCUAAAGUGAGGAAGUUCCGCCAAAAGCCUUUUCCUCUAUUUAAUUACUUGGCAUCUCUAUAUGAAGGAAGCAUUGCUACGGGAGAUUUAAAUUUUAUAUCAACUGAGCGAGUGAAACCUCCAAAUGAAAGAAGUACCUCCGAACAAAGCAUAAAACAUGUGCCCCUGCCUCUGAACACGUGCAUACAAAUCCAUUUGCUUCAAGUUUGGAUGGUCAAGGGACAUCAAAUCAAUAUAUUGAACCCAAUGAAGCUCAAUCUGCACCAUCCGAUCAUAAUUUAG